UGAAACGAAAAGUGCCAGAACUGGAGCACUAUCCCUUCGGUACCGUGACGACGUCUUCAUAUUGACCACGAUUGACGCAAAGCAAUUGGUAAUCAAAUGCACGCUUGUUCGUUACUAUCAAGCAUGAAGUACUGAUAAAACAGCUGCUUCCGCUCCUGAGGUCCACAGAAUCAGGCAGCCCUCCGGACGUUCAGGUAUUGCACAUUCUUCAACAUGUCUAUGACAGCCGACGAGUGUAGUGGUCUAUUACGAGCCAUGAGGCAACCGCCAAUCAUUCCGACCAACGUCUUCGAAAAGUUCUCCAUGAAAAGUCGUGUCGUAUGCAUCAGUGGCUCAUCCGACGGCAUCGGCUUCGCUGUCGCAGAGGCAAUGGCGGAAGCAGGCGCAAAUCUGGCAUUGUGGUAUAACAGCAACAAGGCAGCUGUAUCGAAAGGUGCAGAACUCGCCGCGCGACACGGGAUCAAAGUCAAAGCAUACCAGGUUGAGGUAUCAAACGCGGACCAUGUACGCCAGACGAUGUCAGAAGUGGUCGAACACUUUGGACGUCUGGAUGUCUUUGUGGCAAAUGCAGGCAUUGGACUUUCUCGGCCGUUGCUGCAGCUGAGCUUGGAGGACUACCGAAGACAAAUGGCAGUCAACGUCGAUGGCACAGUCUACUGUGCAAAGUAUGCCGGCGAGGUUUUCCAGCGACAGGGGCAAGGGAACCUGAUCAUCACGUCCAGUGUCUCGGGUCAUAUCGUCAACGUGCCCAAUGAUCAGCCGGUCUACAACGCCUCGAAAGCGGCCAUCACACAUCUCGGCAAAAGUCUGGCCAGAGAAUGGAGACAAUUUGCAAGAGUGAACAUUGUCAGUCCGGGAAUCUUCGACACCAACAUGGUAUCAAAUGAGGCUUUCAUCAACGAGGCAGUUCGCAUGACCGCCUUGGGACGUAUGGGCAAUGUUCAAGAAGUUAAAGGCCUAUAUCUGUACCUCGCAAGUGAUGCAUCGAGCUUUAUGACUGGUAGCGAUGUCAUCCUCGAUGGAGGCUACACACUUCCAUAGAUUAUUAAGCUUCGCUCGAAACCAAACUGAAAGAGGGAGUGUGGGAAGGUCACCACGAACUCGCUUUGGCGUCAACCACGAGAGUUGCAGCGUUAUCUCACAGGACGCACUUCUCCGCGCCCAUGCCGAGCCUGAAGGCCCCCUAAAGAAAGUCUAGAAGUUGGGGACGUUCAGGGCGGGAAAUCCUUAUCUCUGAGCAAUCAUUAAGCGGCUUUCACUCCUGAGUCCUGAACAACCAGUCUUGUAGUCUUCGGGCAGCCAAUCCAGGCCGUCACUUGCUGGUCGCGGUAUCUAACAUUCC